UCGACGUACGAAGAAAGGCUGCGCACGCGUCACUAUAGUUUAAACCGCGUCGACGCACUUUUUUAACGACUUUAUUUCCCGACCCGACGCUUUCGGAUUUUCUUCUUUUUUUUUGUGGCCACGCGGUGCCGGCGUUUAAGAUCGCGAUGAACCAACCGCGUCAGUGAUCGCCAAAGGGAAACGUUGGUGCUACAGUGCGGUGACGCCUGGAUAUUUAAAUGGUACCAGUUGGAUUUUAACGAGGAGUGUUUUUUUUUUGGAAGCCACCAUGUGGAAUAUCUGGCCGAUUGUGGGAGUCGUUUUAUGCAUGAGUCCUGUGCAUUCCGAGGAUGUAGUCAAAGACACGAGGGAAGGAGAGGACGUCACCCUGGAGUGUAGGUUUCCACCUCAGACCUCCAGAGAUUCGCUGACUUACUUCUGGAUUCGCCAAGUAAAACAGACUCACGACAACGUUGCUAUCGGAGAACUGCCGCUUGAGGCGAACUACAGACUAAACUACCACGUGGACCAAGGCAUAUACGACCUGCUCAUAACCAACGCAUCCUACGAUCGCGACGAUGGACGGUUCGAGUGCAAAGUGAAAGCUGGCGGUUCGGGCCAGAACCUCCACGUGCAGCGUUACGCUCUGACGGUGCUAGCGCCGCCGAGAGCUCCCCAUAUAGCACCCGGUGCCCGGGUGGUCGUUACGGAAGGCAAAAGGCAGGAGUUGACAUGCAGCAGCGUCGGCGGUUCGCCCGAUCCACAGGUCAAGUGGUACAGAGACGGCUCGCUUUACCCGUUGGAGGCGGCUUUGAAAAACGGAGGUUCCCGAGAUCAGCCGACCACGGCCACGCUGACUGUCACGCCGGCGAAAGAAGACGACGAGGCCAUCUAUCGGUGCGAGGUGUGGAACAGGGCAUUGCCGGAGAACAAGAAGCUCAGCGCGACAGUUUCCUUGAGCGUGCAAUAUUUUCCGAGGGUGGAAGUCGGACCGGAGAAUCCGCUCAGGGUAGAACGCGACUCUCCAGCCACACUAAACUGUUCGGUCGACGCCAAACCUAAAGUGAACGGCGUGAGAUGGAUGAGAAACACCCGAUUCAUCAGCUCCAGCUACAGCCACGUUAUCCACAGGGUGUCGAUUCAAGAUGCCGGAAAAUACACGUGCAGGGCCGACAACAACCUGGGCAAGGCGGGCGAGAAAGAAAUAGUACUAGACGUGCUCUACGCCCCUAUUGUCAGUUUGGAAGCGAAAACGAAGGAAGCUGAAGAAGGCGAAUCCGUUUAUAUCAAGUGCAACGUAACGGCCAACCCUAGCCCCGUUACGAUCGAAUGGGUGAAGGAUGGCAAACCGGACUUCCGUCAGGCGGGUGACGUUCUCCGUUUGAGUCACGUGACAGCCGAGAAUUCCGGAACGUACGUUUGCCGUGUGGUCAACAUAAUCUCACCUUCCGGUUCCGGUUCGAGACGUUCGGAAAAAGUGGGCAACGCGUCCGUCGCCCUACUGGUACGUCACAAGCCCGGCAGGGCGCGAGUAUCGCCUGAUCGCCCGGUCGUGUCGGAAGGUGGCGCUGUGACGCUGUCGUGCGCGGCCACGCCCCCUGGCUGGCCUGCGCCGCAGUACCGAUGGCUGCGCGUCGGUAACGACGGCCAGAUGAACAUCCUGGCGACAGGAACGAAGUACACCAUCUCUAAUGCCAAUCUGGCAGCCGAAGGGACGUACAACUGUCAAGCGACAAACGAACUAGGCCCAGGCGAGAUGGCUUCGGUAGACUUGGAGGUGCACCAGCCGCCCACCUUCAAGUACAAACUGAAACCGUUGGAGACCAAGAGGGUAGGCGAUCCGAAUUUUUCCGUAGCUUGCAGCGCGAAAGGCAAACCGAGACCUUUGGUGCGGUGGUUAAGGGACGACGAGGAGCUCACCGCGGACGCGAACUUGUACGAGGUUAAAACCGAGUAUUCCGAAUCGUCGAACGGUGCGGUGAACGUCCAAAGCGUGUUGAAGUUCAGCGGCAAAGCGCGCCCUAGCGGCAACGAACUCCUACCAUCCGACCGUGGGGUCUACGCGUGUAGCUUCGAGAACGAAGUGAGAAGGGCGGAGUCGACGAUGCAUCUGAAAAUCGAACACGAACCGAUCGUACUGAACCAAUACACCAAAGUGGCGUACGAUAUAUCCGAAACCGCGGAGGUGGUGUGCAGGGUGCAGGCCUACCCCAAGCCCGAGUUCAAGUGGUUUUUCGGCAACAACGUCAGUCCGCUCCACUCGUCCUCGGAAGGUCACUACGUGGUGCACACCAGCGCCGAUGACGACGACGUCUACACCAGCGUGCUCAGGGUGUCGCACAUCAAGAAACAAGACUACGGCGAGUACGCGUGUCAAAUCGUCAACAGUUUGGGCAAGGUGGAGACCAAAAUCCGGCUGCAGCCGAAAGGACCGCCGGAAAGACCGACCAGAUUGACCGCCCUGUACACGGGACCGACGUUCGUCACGUUGGGCUGGGAACCGGGCUUCAACGGCGGCGUCUUCAACACAAAAUACUUCGUAUUGUACCGGAAGGUGCCGAACGACGACGACGCAGUCGUCGAGGGCUGCGGCCCUGUAUCGAAGCACACCAACUGGGCGGAGUCCGACUGCCAGCAGAACGUGCCUUGUAACGUGACCAAUUUGGACCAGCACCAGACUUACGUUUUUAAGGUGAAAGCGCUAAACACGAAAGGGAUCGGCGAAAACUCGCAAGAAAUCAAGGCGACGACCCGCGUGGAUCGCAUCCCGGUACCUCAGCGCGUCGCCUACGACAAGGCCACUAACACGUUGUCAAUUAACGUUCCGGCCACAUGUCUGCCUAUGGUCGCGGUCGUCGAAACUAUCAGCAACGAGAACCACCCCGUCACAGCUUGGCAGGUGAUCGACACAUUGCCCUUGCAGGUGUCCGGUCAGAAUCCGACCUACAAAGAAAAAAGCCUCGACAAAAUGAUGACGCGUAGCUUCGGCGCGUUGGGCAGGUCUCUGGUCGACGAACCCAUCGGCAUGGACGAGUACAGUCCGCGCAUAAGAGUGAAACUGUGCCUGCGCACUCAUCACGACGACCACUGCGGCGAAUUCGUCGAGGCGGAACUGGGUUACGCCAACUCGAUCCGCGAAGCGUCGGCGCUCACCACGCCCACCCUGAUCGCGAUAAUCGUCACCUGUAUCCUGUUCCUGCUCAGCGUCGCCCUCCUGCUGAUCUUCUGCCGGUGCAGACGCGCCCAGCAGUCGAAGAAAGCUCAGCAGGCAAAAGAUUACGAGAUGGACUCCGUCCGGCCGACCAUCAUACCCGCGUCGGUGGGUCAGCAGUGUCAGGCCCCGCCUCCGUAUUACGCGACUCCGCCCUCCGGUCUCGAGAACAAGGCGAUGGAUCUGGCGCAGCUCGCGCUGGAAGAUCAGAAGGCGGUGUACGCGGCGACUCAGAACGGAUACGGGUACCACGGCGAGCCGAGAUCGGACUGGCCGUACUUGGACGCGGGGUACGCCCCCUCGCAGACCAACGGGAACGGCAGCGUCAAUUCGCAGGACUCGCUGUGGCAGCUCAAGAUGGCGGGCGGCGCGCUCACGCAGGGCUACGACCAUAACGGCUACGCCGGCCAAGACGACUACGCCGCAUACCCUCAGGAUCCGUACGCGCAGGUCCACAAGCCCAAGAAGAGGUUAGAAUCGCCGUACCAUGACGUCAGCGGCCUGCCCGACCCAUACCUGGAGCCUUUGGACGAGGACAAGCCCCCGCCCCCGGGUCAGCACAUGUCGCUCGGCUACGAGGAGUCGCUCGAGAGCGGCUACUCCACCCCCAACUCGAGAACGCGCCGCGUCAUCCGCGAGAUCAUCGUAUAGACGCAGGUCCGGGCCCAACAGCCGGCCGCCUUUUGCCCCUCCCUCCCCCCGGUACCUGAACAUUGACCGCCGGUCGACGUUGUCACGGAGAGAUUUUUUUUUAAGUGUUGUGUUUCCAAAAAAAAGUAAUAAAUAAAAAAUAUUGUCGGCAAAUAUGUGUAACGAGUGAGAUAAAUGCGAAGUGCUGCGCGGUGAUCACCGUGCGAGGUUGAAAUGUGAUUUUACUUGCAAUAAGUGAUUCUUGUGCCCUAUAAUUUGUCGGAUGUCAUAUUUUUGUAAGUAUGUCUUUUUUGGGUGAAAACGCACGUUACUUUAGGGGAAGGUGGACGUGGGGCGCGGUUUCUAUGGUUAUGAGUAGGCCAACACUCCUAGAAGGCUGGUAGAGAGAGAAACCCCUCGCGAAGAAAGAAAGGAACUGCAUACAGUGUGUCCAAUACAGGAUCUGUAUUGAACAGUUUUGAAAAUCCUAAAUCGCAGACAUGAAGAGAAACAGGAUCUUUUUAAAUUUAUUUUCGAAAUAUUCCGUAAUUUUUUUUAUUUCCGCCAUAUCAAAUAUUUUCAUUAUUACAUAGAGAGUGCGAAAUGCUCUUUAAUGAUGUAUCACAUGAUGCAUUUAUCGUUUAGAGUCACAAAAGCAAAAUUUGAUUUUUUUUAUAGUAGGCUGUGAUCGCUCCUAACAGACAGAAAAACAAAAUUUUUUGACAAUUUUAUCGCUAUAAACUUAGUGACUGUUUGACAGGUUAACGUCAGUUACAAUACAGAAGUUAUGCGCUACGUGGCCUUUUAAUUUAUUCAAAAUCUUUUAUCAUAACCUAACGCAACGCAUAUAAAUUAAUAACUCUAUCCCAACAUUAUAGAAACUAAACAUCAAUGGUCUUUAAUGAACUUUCAGAGUGCCUCCCGUCAUUUUCUAUUUAAUACGGAUGUACUAAUCUCAGCUCUUGAAAGUUUGCCUACAGCAUUUCAGAUACCCCAAGGUAAAAGUCUGGAGCAGUACAGUCUGGAGAUCUGGCAGGCCACGGAAACAAACUGCCCCUUCCUAUCCAAUCGUUCGGAUAAGUCAAAUUUCACAGCCUACUAAAAAAGCAAACUAUUUAUGACAAUCUCGGUAAUUAAUAAACUAGUUAAUUUUUAACAGUAUUGAUAAAGGAAAUAGAAUUUAUAUAUUUAUAUAUUAUUAGAUGGGGCACAAAAAUGCUUUUAUCGUCAUUCCUAGAGUCACAAAAGCAAAAUUUGAUGAUCGUUCCCGACAGACAUUCAGAAAAAAAAAUUGACAGUCCCAUAAUCGCUAUAAACGUAAUGGGCUUUGAAAAUAGAAACGUUUAUGAGCCGCGUGGCCUUUUAAUCUAUUUAAAAACGAAAAGAAAUUCUUUUUUGCCAUAGUAAUACGCCAGAUAUACUUAAGAUUGUGUUGAGUUCCACCUAUGAUUAGAAAAUAAUCGCCAUUUGUUUGAACAUCCUUUUUUAAUGGAGACUGUAAAUAUUACUAUCAAUGAUAUUAACUAAUCAACAAUAUGUAUUAAUUAUUGAAUUACACUUAAAAUUGAAUAAUUAUUUAUUUAUUUUUAUGUCAGUAAUUCCAAGUUGCUCCAAUGUAAUUAAUAAGUACUUUUAUUCGAAAUUUUUUAUGCCAUUUAUGCCAUAGUCGGUUGAAAGCGAUCAUGGCCUACUACAAAAAAAAAACGGUUCAUACAAUACAUCAUUUAAUAGCAUUUUUUAUGCUCUAAUAAAGUGUUCUUAUAAUGUACUGAUCCCAAGUUCUCUGUCUAAGAACUUAUUAUAUUUAUUACAUUACAGCUAGAAGUUUCGCACCGUGGCCAUUUUUGUUUUUCCUUCUAUAGGUUCACAUCUGUGGAUUUUCUUUAGCGAUUUGAAAUUUGACGCUAUUUUUUGUCUCUAAAUUUGAUCCACAUUGUCGUAACCCCAGAAUAAAUGCGUGUUCUGUCUCUCUUUGUGAGUGAAUCAGCUUGUGUACUCAUACAUACCAACUUUCUAGAACUGUUGACAUUGAAAAGAACUAGCUACGCCUUGGCUUGAAACUCAAAUUGUUUUUCAACUAUCAUAAAAUUGGUAAAAACUAUUAGUUUUGAAUUUCAAUUUUUGUCCGUUUAAUUAAUUAACAUAUUAUCCAAUCACAGACAUCUCACCAAGGUUUAAUAAGACUAAUAACUAUAACAAUUAUGCAACUAAUACUUAUCCAGCAACUUCUCAAAACAAUUUGUAAACAUACAUGGAUACGUUAGAAUAGGUAUUCAUAAAAGUCGCGCCCUCUACUAAAAAAAAAUUGUACCAACAGUCCAACUCAGCCCUCCAAAUUUGUUGAAGAAUUUACUUUGUCGGACGCUUGGUUUGAUUUCGAUGUGCCAAAUAAACACUAACAAAAUUCCCACAAAUGCUCGUUUAUAUUAUAUUUGUAAUGUUUGUAUUUCAUGUUUGUAUUAUAAUUAUGUACUUAAAUUUUAUGAUUAGGUUUUAAAACUGAUGUGUUUUCAAUUCGCCUCCGGGCACGAUUUUAAAUACUUUGCUGAUCUCAUACCUUUGUCAUUCCGGCGUUUCUUUUUUUAAAUUUCGUUACUUGAACAGCUUCCCGAGGACUGAUUAAAGAACCGCCACUUAAAAAAAGAAACUUACCGGAAAUCCGCCAAACGAAGUUAUAAAUUAUUUUAAAAAUAUGUUUUUAUUGUACAAAAGCGUUAGAUAUAAUAACACUACAAAUUACGCGCAAAUGUUUUCGAUUUACCCGUGGGCAUGGAUCAGAAGGAGGUAAUUUAUUUUUUAUUGUUUUAGCGGACAGAUUUUUUAAUGUGUAAAGAUCUUGUGUAAAUAAAACUUGCAGAGACUAUUAUUUCCUAGGUUUAAGGUUUAUCGUUUAAGAGACAUUGCAAUUUUUGUGUAAAUAAGUAUCGCACUUGUAUGGCACUUAUUCCGUUUUUAGUUUUUGUAAAUAAAUGUUCAUAAUUAA